GAGGAGGAAGAUGGCGGGAGGGCGGCUCUGAGGAGACCUCGGCGGCGGCGGAGGAGGAGAGAAGCGCAGCUCCGCGCAGCGCCGGGGCCCAUGUGGGGAGGAGUCGGAGUCGCUGUUGCCGCCGCCGCCGCCUGUAGCUGCCGGAGCCGGGUGGGAGUGAGGGGGACACGGCAGGAUGAAGUUCGCCGAGCACCUCUCCGCGCACAUCACUCCCGAGUGGAGGAAGCAGUACAUCCAGUAUGAGGCAUUCAAGGAUAUGCUGUAUUCAGCUCAGGACCAGGCACCUUCUGUCGAAGUUACAGAUGAGGAUACAGUUAAGAGAUAUUUUGCCAAGUUUGAAGAAAAGUUUUUCCAAACCUGUGAAAAGGAACUUGCCAAAAUCAACACAUUUUAUUCAGAGAAGCUGGCAGAGGCUCAGCGCAGGUUUGCUACACUUCAGAAUGAGCUUCAGUCAUCACUGGAUGCGCAGAAAGAAAGCAUUGGUGUCACUACAUUGCGACAACGCAGAAAGCCAGUCUUCCAUCUGUCCCACGAGGAGCGCGUCCAACAUAGGAAUAUUAAAGACCUUAAGCUGGCCUUCAGCGAGUUCUACCUCAGCCUCAUCCUGCUGCAGAACUACCAGAAUCUGAAUUUUACAGGGUUUCGAAAAAUCCUUAAAAAGCAUGACAAGAUCCUGGAAACAUGUCGUGGAGCAGAUUGGCGAGUGGCUCAUGUAGAGGUGGCCCCAUUUUAUACAUGCAAGAAAAUCAACCAGCUCAUUUCUGAGACUGAGGCUGUAGUAACCAAUGAACUUGAAGAUGGUGACAGACAAAAGGCUAUGAAGCGAUUACGUGUCCCCCCUUUGGGAGCUGCUCAGCCUGCGCCAGCAUGGACUACUUUUCGAGUUGGCCUAUUUUGUGGGAUAUUCAUUGUGUUGAAUAUCACCCUUGUGCUUGCAGCUGUAUUUAAACUUGAAACAGAUAGAAGUGUAUGGCCCUUGAUAAGAAUCUAUCGGGGUGGCUUUCUUCUGAUUGAAUUCCUUUUUCUACUGGGCAUCAACACGUAUGGUUGGAGACAGGCUGGAGUAAAUCAUGUCCUCAUCUUUGAACUUAAUCCAAGAAACAAUUUGUCUCAUCAGCAUCUCUUUGAGAUUGCUGGAUUCCUGGGGAUAUUAUGGUGCCUGAGCCUUCUGGCAUGCUUUUUCGCUCCAGUUAGUAUCAUCCCUAUCUAUGUGUACCCACUUGCCCUUUAUGGAUUUAUGGUCUUCUUUCUUAUCAACCCCACCAAAACUUUCUACUAUAAAUCCAGAUUUUGGCUGCUUAAACUUCUGUUUCGAGUAUUUACAGCUCCCUUCCAUAAGGUAGGCUUUGCUGAUUUCUGGCUGGCCGAUCAGCUGAACAGCCUGUCAGUGAUACUCAUGGACCUGGAAUAUAUGAUCUGCUUCUACAGUUUUGAGCUCAAAUGGGAUGAGAAUAAGGGCCUGUUGCCAAGUAAUCCACAAGAACCAGAAUUUUGCCACAAAUACACAUAUGGUUUGCGAGCCGUUGUUCAGUGCAUUCCUGCUUGGCUUCGCUUCAUCCAGUGCCUGCGCCGGUACCGGGACACGAAAAGGGCCUUUCCUCAUUUAGUAAAUGCUGGCAAAUACUCCACCACUUUCUUCACCGUGACCUUUGCAGCCCUCUACAGCACGCACAAAGAGCGACAGCACUCAGACACCGUGGUGUUCUUCUACCUGUGGGUUGUCUUCUGUGUCAUCAGUUCCUGUUAUACCCUCAUCUGGGAUCUCAAGAUGGACUGGGGUCUCUUCGACAAGAAUGCAGGAGAAAACACUUUCCUUCGGGAAGAGAUUGUCUACCCGCAAAAAGCCUACUACUACUGUGCCAUCAUAGAAGAUGUGAUACUGCGCUUUGCUUGGACUAUCCAAAUCUCUAUUACUGCUACGAAUUUUCAGCCUCACGUUGGGGACAUCAUUGCUACUGUCUUUGCCCCCCUUGAGGUUUUCCGGCGAUUCGUAUGGAACUUCUUCCGCCUGGAGAAUGAGCAUCUAAAUAACUGUGGUGAAUUCCGUGCCGUGCGGGACAUCUCUGUGGCCCCCCUGAAUGCAGAUGAUCAGACACUCCUUGAGCAGAUGAUGGACCAGGAUGAUGGGGUGCGAAACCGCCAGAAGAAUCGGUCAUGGAAGUACAACCAGAGCAUAUCCCUGCGCCGGCCUCGCCUCGCGUCCCAAUCCAAGGCUCGAGACACUAAGGUGUUGAUAGAAGACACAGAUGAUGAAGCGAACACUUGAAUUCCCUGAAGUCUACAUUAACAUCCUUGGUUUCCUACUCUACAAUUCUUCCCUUGACCAACGCAACCUCCAGCACCUUUUUCCAGCUGAGAACAGGAGAACACAGAACACGUUCCCGGGCUCUUCAGAUCGGGUCCUAUGGACUCCGAGCAAGCUCACUGUGUUUCUUUUCUUUUCUUCUGGUUUAGUCUUCAUUUUUCUAUUUUGAAAACAAAUACUUCAUUUUGCCAAUCAGAGGAUGUUUUAAGGAACAAAAACCUAAUAUCUUAUGGAUUGUUUACAAUCACAAAGACACAGAUGCCCAUCAGGAUGAAGAACAGGCAUUGGAAGGAGGCCUCUGAUGGACGGCAUGGACAUAACUCAGCUUCCGCCUGGCCCGGUUUUGACUGUUGGAAACCGGACACUGGUUUUUAAAUUUUCUGUCAGUUUCUGUGGAGAGUUCUUUCCCUUCCUCCCUAGCCAGCGUAGAGGCACUGGCAGCACCCUCCUCCACGAAGCUUUUUAAUUUGACGUGGGUUUUCUCAUUUGGGGAGGGGUUCGGGUGGUGGGGAAUAUGACGUAUUCGUUACCUGUGGUCUUCUCAUUAUUUAUGAAACUUAACCAUAAACCUAUGAAGGGAGCAGGAGAAACUAAGGUCAGAUUGCAUUUGGGGGUCGAGCCCACAUACCUCUUACGGGAAACAACUUGUACCAGUUUGACUUUCCCUUUUUCGUUUUAACUUUAAGCCAAAGUUUUAUUGCUAAAUUUUAAGUUGCUGCUCUAGAGUCCCGAUCGUCCCUGUCAUGACCUGGCAUCCCACUUGCUUCCAGCUGGUAGACAUUCAGAGAAGAGGUUCUGAUAGUUGUGUCUUUAGGACCUGCUACAGGAUCCAUUCUCCCAUAUUCCAGACACAGCAAUGAGGUUCUGCCAUGUGCUUCUGCAUGUAAGAGAAGUGUAGUCUGAGUCUCACGGGCUGAAUGGAAAGACAGGCCUAUUUCAGACUCUUCACGCCUUUAUUAAAUAUUUCCCUGUCUUGUCCCAUCUGCUUUAGCCAGAAUUUGAUCAAAUUCAAAGUCUUUUGUGGGGACUGUACUUUUGAGCAUGUAGAACAAAUCCUUCAUCCUUCAAAUUGCAUUGACAAAGACCGUGGCAGCCAUUUUUUAAGCCCAGCAGUAUUAAAAGGUAAAUGUUGGAUUUUAUGACCUCCCACUAUAGAAACCUGUUUUUAAAUUUGGGACCUCUAAACCUGGCCAUACUUUUAAAACUCUAUUUCUUAGAAAUGUCAGGUUAUAAAUACCCAUUUUUACUUCUUUAUCUCCUUCCGUCUUCCUAAAUUCUCUAGAGAAACCUAAAAACAUACAACAUUGACUUACUUGAAAAUGGCCGGUAUCAAAUUUAGUGUUCUUCAGGACUAGGGGUAUAGAUCAUUGGGAGUAGUGAUUGCCUAGAAGACCUUGGGUUUUCUCUCCGUCUUGGGGGCGGGGGGGGGCAUUAUUUAAUAAAAUUAAUAAAAAUACCAGGAAAAAGUCAAGUCUGCAUUAAUGCCCCUUCCCUUCAGAUCUAGAUGAAAGUCCCACAUAGGAGAGUCAUCAGAGUCCAUGCACUUACGCCCUUUUCACAUUAACUUUAGACAGAGAAACAGUGGAUAGGAAGAUGGCAUUUUUUAAACACUUGCUUUGUUUUAAAAUCGUGGCUCCUGCCCUUGAACUCCCCUCUUGUCAUUAGCCCACCUGUGUACCAUAACCUUUACUCAUUAAAGUUACUGCACUACUAAAAUUCUACCAGUUAACUCCUCAACUUCCCUCUAGAGUUUUUCAUUUUUAUUCUGACAAGGUUCCAAUUUUUUUUCCUUCUGAAUUGAGAUUUUAACACAUACACACCCUUGAACGCACACACGGUGUUGUAGGUUCUGUUGCUUUUUGUGUUUUGCCAAGCAUGUCCCUUGCCCCAAAACUAAAGAACAAACAUUUAUUUUAAAAAUACAAGCUUUAAAUAAAUUAUAUACUUUAUAAUAAUCAGUGGUAACAAUUUAGAGACCCUUGGUAAAUUAAAGGUUGCAUUAUUUCUAUUUAGAAAUUUUUUUCCUAACUAUUCUGGGUUUUUGUACUUUAAAGCAGGUGGUAGAUUUCACUGGUCUCUGAGGUAACAGCAGCAAUUAUUAAGAAUAUAUAGGAAAGUCCAGUGACCAGUCAUUUUGUGUGCAAAUAAAAUCAGUGGUCCUGUGUCUCCAGAACCAUAUGAUUGUCAGCUGCUUUCUCUGUUAAUGAGUCCGUAUGGCGACAUACACAAACUCACAGUUGACUUCUGCUAGUCCGACUCCUUGAUGUUUUGACGUCAGCUAACAUAUGGCCAGUUUGCUCUUUCUCCACCUGUUAGAAUCAGUAUUAGUUCUUUCAUAAAUAAUGCAGUGAUAGAGAGUAUUCCUUUUCUGACGUGUGUCCUGUUAACUACUCAAAAGUAAGGCUUCCAUGCUAUCCAGCUUACCACAGCAGAUGCCCUGGUACUUACUAACAUACUCCAACUCCAUCUCCCCCUAACUCUAAAGAAAUUACUUCAUCCAAAGAAUUUGGGAACCUAAGUAUGCAUUUCAGUUUUUCCUUUGAAAAAGGGCAAUGUGCAUUUUUCUCCUCAAUUUCAUCUGCCCUAGGCACUGUGAACACUGUGUCCUGCUAAUGUUCAAUUGAGUAACCCUGUACCCUGAAACUCCUGAUGGAAAUCUUAGAAAUGAAUCCAUACCACCCUUAAUUUUAGUUUUAUUUGAAAAGGACUCCAUUUUUAAUAGCGCUUAAAAUACUCCCAAAAGGAAUGAAAUUGAGAAUAAAGUCUUUUAUUUUAUACUAUGUAGAAAGCAAUGGAGUACAAAGAGCUAUUAGAGGUGUGUUCUUAACAAAUGAAUGCCUGUACCGGAAGCAGCCAUGCCAUGACGGUGGAUCACUGAUGGCCUCCUCAUACAGAGACAGUGGCGUUGAUCAGAAAUGGAGUCAUCUGCUAAUUCGGUUUAAAAGUCAUGCAUGUCAUGUGGGCUUUGUGUCUCCAGCACCCUAUUAUUAGACUCCUGAAACAAACUGCUUGAUGUUACGUUCAGGGGACACUGUGGUUCCCUAGUUUCUGUAGAACUGAGUCAUACAGAAGCACAUUAGCAGUGAAUUGGAGGGUAACAAAAGAAUUUUGGAGAUGACAGAGAGGACUUGGGCCUUGGCAGCAGGAACAGGGCACUGGGUAACUCACGUGACCUUUCCAUCCCACUAUGCCUCCACUUCCUGUCACUUUGCAUCAUUUAAGAAUAGUUCGUUAUACCCAAAUUUGAUUUUCCAAGCGGUAACUACAGAGAUUGCUUAUUCUAAGAAAAAGAAUUUAGAAAUAACACUAUCUGUGACAUUAUUAUAUUAAGCCCCUGGGAUUCAGAACUGAAGUGAUUACACUAUUUCGUAAAUAUGUUUUAGGUUGUCAUUCUAAACUACUUUAAUAAAAUUUGCCUCCCUCUGAAUAGAUACUUCUUACUGUAAACAAAAUGCUCUGGUGUCUAAAAUUAAGAUACUUCUUAGACUAAAAAAGUUGAUCAUGUUGAAUCUUGAUCUCCCUCGACUACAGAAACCAGACUUUUCUCUAGUCUAAUAAACCGGUAUCAUUACUGACCAGGUGAAAAUAGAAAUUCAGAUUGGAUUUUAAAAAUGGUAAUCUGCUUUUUUCUCCUUGGUCUAAUUGGUUUUUGCUGGUCAUUCACUUAAACAUGGGUUUCUGCAUUUUUUAUUUCAGUCAUGAUAUUAAAUCUUAAAACUCCCA